CAUCAUACAAUCAACAUUGCAAAAAAGAAAUAUGUCGGAACUUGCAGAAAAAGGACUUUUAAAUACAAAAAAUAAAAUUACUAUAACAACUAGUACAAAUAAAGAUACAUCCAGCAAACCCAAAGAACAAUGGGGCAAUGAUAUAGAAUUUCUAUUCUCUUGUAUUUCUUUGUCGGUAGGAUUGGGCAAUAUUUGGCGUUUUCCCUAUAUAGCCUUUCAAAAUGGUGGUGGAGCCUUUGUUAUACCCUAUUUAAUAGUUUUAUUGAUAAUUGGUCGUCCGGUUUACUAUUUGGAAAUAUUGUUGGGACAAUUUUCGGGCAGAGGUUGUAUUAAAGCUUUCGAUAUGGCGCCAGUAUUAAAAGGUGUUGCUGCUGGUCAAGUCUUAGCCACAGGAGCUUCAAUCACCUAUUAUUCCAGUAUAAUGGCUUUAACUUUAAGAUUUUUAAUAGCAUCCUUUUCAAAAGUGUUGCCCUGGAGUUAUUGUCGCCAAGAAUGGGGUGCAAUAUGUUUGGAAAAUGAUUCAAUGGAAAAUAAUACAACAGACACCUUGAAUAAAAUGUCUCCAGCUGAGCUUUAUUUUCAAAAUGAAAUUUUACAAGAAUACUCCAAUAUCAACAAUGGCAUUGGCUUACCCAAUUGGGAAUUGGUAGGCUGUUUGGCAUUAUCCUGGUGUAUUAUAGGAGCUGUAUUAAUAAAAGGCAUUAAAAGUUCGGGUAAAGCGGCUUAUUUCUUGGGUGUAUUUCCCUAUGUGGUUUUGAUUAUUCUCUUAGUAAGGGCUGUAACUUUACCGGGAGCCCUACAAGGUAUAAUCUACUUUUUCAAGCCUCAAUGGCAGGAAUUACUCAAUCCUUUGGUCUGGUAUGCUGCCGUUACCCAAGUCUUCUUUAGUUUAGCCAUCUGCUUUGGAACUUUGAUCACUUAUGCUUCUUACAAUAAUUUCAAUCGAAAUGUUUACAACGAUAUUGUCAUUAUUACCACUAUGGAUUCUUGUUCCUCGAUUAUUGCCGGUUGCAUAACAUUUGGUAUUUUGGGUAAUUUAGCUUUUCAAACUGGUAAUACCGACAUUGCCAAAGUGGUUAAGGGUGGUGCCGGCUUGGCAUUUAUUUCAUAUCCAGAUGCCAUAGCUAAAUUUGAAUUCAUACCACAGGCAUUCGCGGUCCUUUUCUUUUUGAUGCUAUUUGUCUUAGGCAUAGGCAGUACAGUGGGCAUGGGUUCCUGUAUUAUACGUGUACUUAGAGAUCAGUUUGUCAACAGCUCCAAUUGGCCGCUGGCAUUGGGUUUAACAGUUGUGGGUUUUGCCAUUAGCAUUGUUUACAUGUGUCCUGGAGGUCAAUUCAUAUUGAAUUUAGUGGAUUUUUAUGGUGUUUCUUUUACCGCCUUGAUUUUAGCUAUUGCUGAAUUACUAGCUGUUAGCUGGGUCUAUGGUAUUAAACGAUUUUGUGAGGAUAUUAAAUUCAUGGUGGGUUUGAAGACCGGCUUAUAUUGGCGUUUAUGUUGGGGCAUUAUAACACCCGGCCUAAUGUUAAGUGUUCUUAUUUAUACUCUGGCUGAUUUGAAACCUUUAACCUAUAAAAAUGUGGACUAUCCAAACAUAGCUCAUGUUUUCGGUUGGUGUUUGUCGGCUUUAGGUCUACUGCAAAUACCUGGUUGGGCUUUAUAUCAACUUUUGCGCCAAGCUAAACAGUUAAGCUUUAAACAGAAAGUAUUGGCUUUAUUUAAACCUUCAUCAGGUUGGGGUCCUUUGGAUCAAAAUGUACGUGAUGAAUAUGACAGCUAUCGCAAGACUAUCGAAAAUAAGAAGGAGUUCAAUAGAAAAGGUCUUAUCUCAAAAGCUUGGGUUAAUUUAUUUAAUUAAUUAAUUUGAAAGCUAUUAAAAUAGUUAAUUUAUAAUAAAGACAAGAAUGAAAUAUCCAUUACUAAAAUGUAAAAUAAGUUAAAUUGUCAUAAUUAAAUGAAGCAUAUACAUAUA